AUGGAUUUCGAUGUCACAAACAAUUCGACGACAAAUAUUACUCUUCCAUUGUGUCUGAACGCUAGCAUUCAGUCUAUAGAAAACACAUCCAAAAUACUAUGUAUUGCCAACAACUGGACUACUGAGCCUCCAGUACCCGAACAAGAAUGGGAACUGCCGUUCAAUUUAUGGCAAACAGUAUUCAUAGCUACUUGUAUAGGCAUUUGUAUUAUUAUUACAGUUUUAGGCAAUAUUCUCGUAUUAACGGCAUUUGUGGUCGAGAGGGCUAUUCGACAGCCGAGUAAUUACUUUAUCUGUUCUCUGGCCGUCUCUGACCUACUCAUCGGAAUCAUAUCAAUGCCAUUCUAUGCCGUAUAUGUGCUGAUGGGUCGCUGGGAAUUGGGUGCUAUUCCGUGUGAUCUAUGGCUGGCCACCGAUCACACCGUAUGUCUGGUCUCUAUAUACACCGUACUUCUUAUAACUAUAGACAGAUACUGUUCCGUAAGAAUUGCCGCCAAAUAUAGGAAUUGGAGAACUAAGCGAAAAGUGCUAUGGAUGGUAACCAUCACAUGGAUUGUUCCAUUUCUUGUCUUCUUCAUCAGUAUCAUGGGUUGGGAGCACUUUGUGGGGCGCCGGGAGUUGGAGCCAUACGAGUGUGCCGUUCAGUUUCUCAAGAAUCCUGUUUUCAACACAUCUCUUAUAAUCGGAUAUUUUUACGUCACUAUUAUUGUGCUCUUCAUUCUCUAUGGAGGCAUAUAUAAGACGGCCAGUGAUAUGGCCCGCAAGGCUGAGGCCAAGCAGAAAAAGAUGCAGACAUUGGUGUCCAUGAGUCGUCCCAAUGAUCCCAAACCAGGUAUUGUCAUCUCUAAAACUCAAAGCACUCUUUUAAGUCAAGACAAACCCAAAGGCCAAUCCCUGACCACUGGUGCCAAUGAUCAGCACGAAGUCAUGGGUUCGCACAAUGCGGUCAAGAACUUAGAGACCACCAGUUUUAACGAGAGGAAAGACAACUCAGAUCAGGACAGAUCCAGUUCUCCCAUCUUUGACUCGGAUGAAGAGUCGCCGCCAACACAACACACCCUUCCAGUAGUGAAGCCCAAAGUGAAGAGCAAAGCGGCAAAAGUGACCAAAAGUGGAAAACACAAGAGUAGUGCCAAUAUUAGUAGUAAGAAGGGGUCGACCAUUGAGGCCAUCAUUCAGCCACAAUCGACGCUUACGGCACUCAUACCCAGGUCUCCACUGAUUACUGCGACCACAAAACUCGAUCUGAUUCCUCCUCAGAGUUUAAUUAAAGACAAUUCCGUGAAGACAUCGAAAUGUAGCACAGAAUCCAACGAUUGGCAGAAAAAAUCUGAUUUAAGCGCUAAACAAAUUAGUAAUGACAGCGAAAAUGUAUCGAUUGAUGAGACGGAGGCAUCAAUUAAUAAUCAGCGCCGACCGGAACCGCCUUCAACUCUAGACAUAAAGCCCAUCAUUAACGAAGAGCCACCCAUCCCUAUGGAAAGUUUAAUUAAAGACAAUUCCGUGAAGACAUCGAAAUGUAGCACAGAAUCCAACGAUUGGCAGAAAAAAUCUGAUUUAAGCGCUAAUGUAUCGAUUGAUGAGACGGAGGCAUCAAUUAAUAAUCAGCGCCGACCGGAACCGCCUUCAACUCUAGACAUAAAGCCCAUCAUUAACGAAGAGCCACCCAUCCCUAUGGAAGUCAAUCACUUUGGAUUCAUUGAUCAGGAAAACAGUUUAGGGAUCGAGUCUUCCAAAUGCAGUGAUUGUCACCAAAGGGAGAGUGGCUCUCACUGUCCGAUACAGUCCAACAGUGCAGCCAUAGGUGUCCACAACUGCAACAACUGUAAGGCAUGUGAAGCCAAUAAUAGCAACAAGUCUUCACCUGUCAGUGCAAAGGCAGUCACAUCGACCGGAAGGGUCACCACUUAUGUUGAUUGCAAUCUCGUAGACAAUUCCAAGACUACCACUCGCGUCACAAAAGCUGAUGAAUUGCAGCCAAUUAUAGAUAACGAUCCCUCAAAUAGUUGUGGACUGAAUAAAGAGCAUAGAAUGGAGGGUCCCGUCAGUCCUACCGGUGAUGGUGGCAAUGGAGGCACUGAAGUGGACACAACUCGCGCUCCUUUAGCUCAGUCUCUGAGCAAAAGAAUACGAAACGGAAGGCGAAAGAAGGAGAAGCGACAGAAUCGGAGUAAGAGUGAGAAUAGGGCGCGAAAGGCAUUGCGGACCAUAUCUUUCAUUUUGGGCGCAUUCGUCAUCUGUUGGACCCCUUACCACAUCACAGCCCUCGUCGAAGGCUUUUGUUUGGAUCGACUCAAUGGAUGCGUUAAUAAACAUCUUUUUUAUUUCACAUAUUUUCUCUGUUAUGCCAAUAGUCCUUUGAAUCCGUUUUGUUAUGCAUUAAUGAAUCAGCAAUUCAAGAAGGCCUUCGUUAGGGUUUUGCGCGGAGACUUACACCGGACUUAAUGGCCAACCCUUUCCUCAUCAUAUAAUUGACUAUAUUUUUAGCUCUUCAAGCACUUCAAACUCAACACAAAAACAUAUCUGUUAUUAUGUUUUGACAUUUUUAGCUCCAAUUGUUAUCCGAUUUCCAAUCGCUUCAAUACUCAU